AUGGAGAAAGCUACCCCGCGGUAUCGUCGUGAGCCUCCUCCAGAGGAGAUGCCAGUGAAUCCUGAGCGCCCCACUUUGAAAUUGCGCCAGAUUUCAGAAGGCCGGUUGAUUGUUCCUCGUGACAUCCGGCAGACAUUCCUCAGCUGCCCUGUCUUCGGCCCUGAGUGGAGAUCCAUCUUGAAGGAGUUUGAUUCUCAGCGGGGACAGGCCGUGGCUGGUUCCGAUGGUGGUGGGAAUCAGGGUGAUGCCGCUGCCGGCAAGGCUUUGACAAAGAACGAAGAGGCCAAGACCGAG